AUGGAGCCCUGGCAGGAGCUUGGACUGAGCCAGCAGUUCCCUUCCCAGAUGUUUCUGCAACAGGAACCUUCCUCAAGAGCCCCUGAGGUGUGGCAGGAGCCAAAAGAAGCCCAAGAACGACCCCAGGGCGGCGCAGACAGAGCGAGCCGUAAGCGGAAAGCAGGAACCCAUGGCAACGUGUCGGGGACAAAAGCAGAAACAGCAGCAGCAGAGAGCAGCACAGGGACAUUGCCCAGCCCUCCACUUCUCAUCCCUCUCUCCAGACUCUGGGAAAUAGAAGCAGAGUUGAUCUGCGCCGAUGAGGUGGACACCGAGCUCGAGUCUGGCGAGCCAGUGGCGCCUGCAGUGCCACCAACAGUGCCACCAGCAAGGCCACCAGCGGCUCAGGCUCCUGCCCAAGGCCCUGGGGACAGCCGGUGGCACCGUGCUGGAGCAGGGCUGCGGGCGGCCCUGCGGGACGGCAGCGCUCGGUGCCGCCAGCGCGAUUUCGCCGCGGCCGCUGCCAAGUUCUCCACGGCUCUGGAGCUUUGCAGCAAAGGCUUUGUUCUAGAGGAUCCCUUGAAGUCCUCCCCAGAUGAUAUUUCCAGGCUCGCCAGUUGGAUCGAGUCAAAGCUUGUCAUCUGCUACUUAAAACUGGGGCAGCCUGGCCUUGCUCUGCAUCACUCCCACAGGAGCAUCAUCCAGAACCCCUCUCACUUCUGCAACCACCUGCGCCAAGCCGCCUGCUUUCGGUGCCUGCACAGAUACUCGGAGGCUGCCAGGAGCGCCAUGGUGGCGCAGUGUCUGUACGUGCUGGCCGAGGGCGCGGCGCCGGACACCAGCGACCUCCUGCAGCUCUACUGGCAGGCUAUGACUCAAGAAGCCCUCAGUGGAGAAGUCUCUUUUUCUGUCCUGUACACACCUUUUGAGAAAGAGGACAAGGCUGACAAGAUAAAGGAGGCCACCAAAGCCUUUGCAGAGAAGCACCCAGAUUAUGUGCAGCACAUAUUUACAGAUCCUCAUGGAAUUCACCUGUUGCCAGAGAAGGCUGAGUCUCAUCCUGGCCAGCAGUACUUACUGACUCUGGGCUUCAGAAACAAAGAGAUUGGGAAAACUGUGGAGAAGUUUGUAACUCAAAACCUGCCGGUCUUUCCAGGACAGAAAACAACUUUCAGUCCCAGCAUGGAGGAAGAAGCAGAAACAUUUUGGCAGAACACUGGGAAAAGGAUCAUGGCAGCCAUGGCUUUUAUAGGAAGCUCCAAGAUAAAGGACGAGCGUGGCCCCUGUGCCCGGGCCAUUGAGCAGUUCCACCAUGCCAGCCUGCUCAGCCACCUGCAGAGAGGGGAGGAGCAGGCCCAGGUGAUGGCCCAGGCCAUGGCUGAGCUGGCCACUGCUCCCUACCUGCAGAGAAUCUCCCAGGAGGAUGACGAGCUGCUGCAGUCACUGAUGGCAGAUGCCAUGGACAUCCUGGCAGGAAAAACUGGAGAGCGUGUGUGGACCAAAAUACAGAAGGUAACAGCAGGUCAGGAGAGCAGCUCGCUCCUUGGGCAGGAAACAUCCCUGAGUCUGCUCUGUUCAAAUGGCAGAAAAGAGAGGAGGUGCCCAGGAGGUGUGUGGGGCCUGUGAGGCUCUGGCUGCAUCCUUGCUGUGCAAGCAACAGUGCAGCUGAUGUGCUGCACCAGAAAUGCAGUGAUGGCAGCAGCUGACGUGCCAGAGCAGCUCUAA